CAAUUUUCACAAUAUUCACUCGUUAUCUUUUGUCAGUCCUUCAUUCACGUAACUUAGCUGCACUUCCAAUUUUCUCAAUCCUUUCUUCUCCUCAAUUUGGCCACUUCCUUCCCAACCAUGCCUGUCCUUGAAACACUUGGUGGUGCUCUUUUUGGUGCUGUUCUUCAGGUGCUAUUUGACAAGCUCGAUUCUCAUCAAGUUCUCGGCUUCUUUCGUGGGAGAAAUCUUGAUGAGAAGCUACUGAAAAAGUUAAAGAGGAAGCUGAUGGACGUCAAUUCUGUGAUAGAUGAUGCAGAACAAAAGCAGUUCACUAAUUCAUUGGUCAAAGAAUGGCUUGAUGAGGUUAGAGACGUCUUGUAUGAUGCAGAGGAUCUGCUAGAGCAAAUAGACUAUGAAUUCUCCAAGACAAAAUUGGAAGCUGAAUUCCAAACCAGCUCUAGCAAGGUACACAAUUUUGAAUCCAAGAUCAUAGCACUCCUUGAUGAUCUAGAAUCUCUUUUGAACCAAAAGAUUGUUAAAGAUUACAAAAUUUAUAGUGGCGUUAGAUCUGGGUUGGGUAAUAAGGUGGCGGAGAAAAAAGUUGAGUCAACGUCGUUGGUGGCUGAAGAGGUUAUUUAUGGCAGAAAUGAGGACAAAGAAAUUAUCUUUACUUGGCUGAGAUCUGACACUAAUGAUAAUAAGCUGUCUAUACUUUCUAUUGUGGGUAUGGGUGGGAUGGGUAAGACCACACUUGCUCAACAUGUAUACAAUGAUCCAAAGACAGAGGAAGCUAAAUUUGAAGAAAAAGCUUGGGUUUGCGUUUCUGAUGCAUUUGAUGCUUUGAGAGUAUCCAAAGCAAUUAUUGGAUCUUUCACUAACUCAAGAGAUGACAGUGGAGACCUAGAAAUGGUUCAUGGAAAAUUGAAAACAAGGUUGUUUGGAAAGAAGUUUCUUCUUGUUCUGGAUGAUGUUUGGAACGAAGACCGAAACCAAUGGAAAGCAUUACAAACUCCUCUUACGUUUGGAGCUAAAGGAAGUAAAAUUCUAGUCACAACACGCAGUCACAAAGUUGCUUCUAUCAUGCAGUCAACCUACAUACUCCAACUAAAGCAAUUAGAUGAAGAUCACAGCUGGCAAACUUUUGCUAAACAUGCAUUCCAAGAUGAAAACUCUAAGUUGAAUUCUGAGUUAAAGGAGAUUGGCAUGAAGAUAGUUGAAAAGUGCCAAGGAUUACCUCUGGCCCUUGAAACAAUAGGAUGUGUUUUACAGUCAAAGUCAUCCGUUUCAGAGUGGGAAGGUGUAUUGACAAGCGAGAUAUGGGACUUAACAAUAGAAGAUAGUAAAAUCGUCCCUACUUUGUUGUUGAGCUAUUACCAUCUUCCUUCUCAUCUCAAGAGAUGUUUUGCUUAUUGUGCAUUAUUCCCCAAAGACCAUAGGUUUGACAAAGAGAGCUUAAUUUUGUUAUGGAUGGCUCAAAAUUUUCUACAUUGCUCUCAACAAAGCAAGUCUCCAGAAGAAGUAGGUGAAGACUACUUCAAUGAUCUAGUAUCAAGGUCAUUCUUUAAACAAAUAACUUGGGACAAGGAAAUAUAUUUUGUCAUGCACGACCUUCUGAAUGAUUUAGCAAAAUAUGUUUCAGGUGAAAUCUGCUACAGGUUAGGUGUUGAUGGUGAAAAAGGAGUAUCAAGGAAAACCCGUCAUAUAUCAUAUGUAAGCGAUCCUAUUCAAGAUUAUACGAGUUUACGUGAUGCUACACGGUUACGAACAUUUAUAACUUUUGGGUGGCGUCGUGAGCUGCCAAUAGAAGAGUUAAUCCCCAACUUUAAGUUCAUACGGGUCUUAUCAUUGAGGUUGUGUUUUGAGGUGCCUGACACAAUAGGCGAUCUUAUACAUCUCCGUUCGUUGGAUUUUUCGGGUAGCGCCAUACGCAGACUUCCUGACUCAAUCUGUUCACUCUAUAACUUGCAAGAAUUGAAACUAAAUAAUUGUUUCAAAUUGAAGGAGCUGCCCUUGACUUUGCAUGAGCUUACCAAUUUGCGCCGCCUAGAACUUAUGGGAACUACUUUAACGAAGGGUCCAAUCGGUUUAGGAAAGUUGAAGAAUCUUCACGUGUGGAUAAACAAUUUUGCGGUUGGAAAAAGUAGUGAGUUCAGUAUUCAACAGUUAGGAGAACUUCAUUUUCAUGGAGAGCAGCUGUCAAUUCAAAAUCUUGAAAAUAUCUCAAAUCCGUAUGAGACGAAUUUGAAGAAUGAAACACAUAUUGUGACGCUGAGCUUACAAUGGAAUUUAGCGCGGAACAAUGACGAUUCGGUAAAAGAAAGAGAAGUACUUGAGAAUCUGCAACCUUCCAUACAUUUGAAGCACUUAUCAAUCGAUGGCUAUGGUGGCACACAAUUUCCCCGUUGGUUAUCCAAUAAUUCUCUAUCGAAUGUGGUGUCCUUAACCUUGAAUAACUGUAAACAUUGCCUAUGGUUGCCUUGCCUUGGACUUUUGACAUUUCUGAAGAACUUGAGAAUUGAUGGCCUUGAUUGGAUAGGAAGGAUAGAUGCUGAUUUCUACGGGGAUAGCUCUUCUGCAUUUGCAUCCUUGAAAAGGUUGAGCUUUAUUGAUAUGAAGGAAUGGGAAGAAUGGCAGUGCGUGACGGGUGCUUUUCCAAGUCUUAAAAGUCUUUUUCUGGCGAAUUGUCCCAAGCUGAAAGAAUUGCCAAACAUACUUUGUCAUUUAAAGAAAUUUAUUAUACACGAAUGCGGCCAACUUGGGGCUCCGAUCACCAGGGCCGUCGAGAUUCAAUGUGUGAAUACGAGGCCAAACAUAUUUGAUACCCUUGAAUACUUGCCUUUUUCUUUUGGUCCAGGCAUCAGUAUUCCCAUUAGCAAUUGGUACCAUUCCCUUGUAGAAUUGCGUAUCAGAGAUGAUUGUGACUCUCUCACUACCUUUCCUUUAGAUUUGUUCCCAAAACUCCGCGACCUUUGUUUAUCCGGGUGUCGCAAUCUACAGAUGAUAUCGCAGGGGCACCCUCACAAUCGUUUGGAGAAUUUGUUCAUUGAUCAAUGCUCUGAAUUUGAAUCAUUUCCCAAUGAAGGAUUAUUUGCACCUCAGCUAGUGUCAUUGAUUAUUGCAGGAUUGGAGAAAUUGAAGUCAAUGCCUAAAUGCAUGUCUGCCCUUCUUCCAUCUCUUAAUAAUCUGUACAUAAGCAAUUGUCCAGCGCUGGAGUUGUCCGAGGAAUGUUUGCCAUCAAAUGUAAAAGAAAUGUUUGUCGAGAAUUGCUCCAAAGUUCUGGCCUCCCUAAAGGGCGCUUGGGGAACCAACCCUUCCUUAAUAGUCUUGAGAAUUGGCAAGGUGGAUUUGGAGUGUUUUCCGGGUGAAGGUUUGCUCCCACUUUCUCUUGGUCGUCUAGAAAUAUAUGAUUGUCCAAAUCUUAAGAAACUGGACUACAGGGGUCUCUGUCACCUCUCCUCUCUUCGGAUAUUGAUUCUUCGUAACUGUCCUGUACUCCAAUGCUUGCCAGAGGAGGGUCUACCAAAAUCCAUUUCAGACCUCGCAAUUUGUGAUUGUUUAUUGCUCAAACAGCGGUGCCAGAAACAAGAAAGUGAAGAUUGGGAAAAGAUUGCUCACAUUAAAUCCAUAUCGAUUGAUGAUUACUAAGUACAAAAGAUAUAAGUGGAAAGACAAGUAUACCAAUGCACCAGUUCUCAUAUGCCUACAUUUGUCGUCUGCUUCCUCAGGUUCUCCUCACUAUCUUUGAAACAUUUCACUCUUAUUUAGUGCAAAUAUUUUAAUAUCGAAUACACCAUU